AUGAAACAACAAUAAGCAUCAGCAGUCAUUGAAGAUAAAGCGAAGAGAUUUUAAGAGACCUUGAUUAAGUUUUCAGACCUUCUAAUUGCUUCAACAUCAAGUUAACACGAGGAAAUCAACUUCUGGGAACCUAAGACUCUUGCUCCAUAUGAGCCACUAACUGACAAAAAGUUUUAUGCAGCAGCAAACACACUUUGUGUUAAUUCAGGAAAUUACGUCUUAAGCUCUCAUACAAAUAAGACUACUAUUAAUGUGUGGAGGUGGGAUAAGAAGGAGCCUUUUUUGAGAUUUCCUUUAAAAGAAGAGUUAUCUGUAUUGAAGCAAUCAUAGGCAUUUUCAGGAUCGAUUUGUAUUGGAGGGUCAAAGACUGGGAGAAUUUACUUAUGGUAAAUAUAAACAGGAUAGUUGAUUGGUGAGCUUGAAGCUCACUAUAUGGGCAUUAGUGAUUUAGAAGCAUCAACAGGGGGUGAUAUGCUAAUUACAGGAGGAAAAGAUGGCAAAGUAAAAGUCUGGAUUAUGGAAAAAUUAUUUUCAAGCAUGAUUGACUAGAAUACACUAAUGAAUCUAUAAAAUAAUUAGAAUUAGAAUAAUCAAUGCAUAGUAGAGUUUGGAGAUCACACUUCAGAAGUAACUCAAGUAGCUUUCAGUCUAAAUAAUCCAAUGAGAUGUUUCAGCUGCUCAAUUGACAAGUUGUUUAAGGUUUAUGAUAUUUCUGCAAAGUGUGUAAUCAAAAAUAUCUAGCUUCAGUCACCGAUUCACAAAUUUGUUGUUGACAGCAUCGAAUCCUACGUUUAUUUAGCCUGCGAAAAUCAGAAUAUCUACUGCUAUUCAAUGGAGCUCUCUUAAUCCGACUUGAAAUCAAAGCAUAAAAAGACUUUACAGCACAAAAAGAAAGUUACAGCUCUAUGCUUAACUUUUGAUGGCUAAUAUUUAGUGAGUGGAGACCAGUCUGGUCUCAUCUAUAUUUGGAAUAUUGCCUCGGCUGAUUUUCAUUAAAUCCAAUCAAAUGUUGCAUCUCCAAGAAAUGGUGCAAUGGCAAAUGGAGGAAGUUCUAUUCUAAAUCAGAAAUCUGAAUUGAUAGGUGUUGGGUCUUAGCUUCUUUAGACCUUUGAGCUUCAUAGAGACAAAGGAGCUAUUACUAAUUUAUAGUGUAUCUAUAGACCUUUGUCACUUUAUGGGUUGACAGCUAACAUGAAAGCUUAUGAACCUGUAGAGAUUAAAUCAUUUUAAAAUCAUAUAGAAUAGUAAGAUGAGAUGGACUAUUUAAUAAGGUCAAGUCAGAGAAUAUUCAAGCCUGAUGCCACGAAUUUAGUGAAGAACCAAGCUUUAGAUAAACUUAAAAAUAUCAAAAGUGAUAAGAAUGCGAAUGAGGGAGGCGAAGACUUUAUAGGAGUCCCAGAUUAAAAUAAAGAGGUUAGUUAAGGAGAUUUGGAUGGGUCAAGUAGCUUGGGUAAUUAAAUGAUGUUCAAACUUAAUUAAGACUUAAUUUAUAAAAUUAUUAAUAACAAUAAUUAUUAAAUUUAAUAUAACCAUUACAAUAAAAUGAGAGCUAGUUUUUAUCUAAAUUAUGUCUCAGGUCUAAUGAGAAAGAACCUCAGAGGCAUUAUGAGAUACUCAGGAGAAUAUAACAUACUGAUAUUUACUUUUGGAUUGAUAUACUUUGACCACUAUUUAGAGAAUAAAAUUAGAAGAGACUUGCAGAGAUUAAUUACUUUGAAAAGAUAAGUAGAGAGACUAAAGGAAGAAGCUCCUCCUAGUUUGUGA